UCACUGUUUUACCACCAAACAAAUGACACCAUUUAACUUCUUAUUUUAUCUGUAGUUACUUAAGAUAAUUUCAGACAUUUUUUUGUGAAAAACAACCCACCUGACUGGGACGUGAGGGCGCACAGCGGAAGUGAGCAGGCUGUGUCAAACAGCUCACACAGACAUAUGGCGUGUUUGCUAGCUAGCAGCUACAGAAGCUCAACAAUGUUUUCUCUAACACGACCAAAAAAACAACGCUCGUGGAUUUAUUAUUUGUCUCUGGUGGUGUUUUUAACGUCGUUUCCAGUCUCGGCAAAGCGGGACAGCCUGAAAGAAGUGACGGACGGGACCUGGGAGGAAAUCCUGACAGGAGAAUGGAUGAUUGAAUUCUACGCACCGUGGUGUCCAGCCUGUCAGCAGCUCCAGCCGGCGUGGAAGGAGUUCGCGGACUGGGGGGAGGACAUGGGGGUCAACAUCGCCAAGGUGGACGUGACUGAACAGCCCGGUCUGAGUGGGCGAUUCAUCAUCACUUCACUUCCUACUAUUUACCACUGUAAAGAUGGCGUCUUCAGGAAGUACCAGGGAGCUCGCACUAAAGACGACUUCCUCAGCUUCGUCGAUGAGCAGAAAUGGAAGUCGGUGGAGCCAGUUUCCUCGUGGUUUGGGCCAUCCUCAUUUCUAAUGAAUUCAAUGUCUGCUUUGUUCAAGCUCUCCAUGUUUAUCCGGCGUUGUCACAACUACAUGACGGAGCAGCUGGGGAUCCCUGUGUGGGGUUCUUAUGUUAUCUUUGGCUUGGCCACUCUGUUCUCUGGCCUUGCACUGGGACUGUUACUGGUGUUCAUUGCAGAUUUUGCUUUCCCCUCACGACGCUUUUCUUCUUCAGAUUACUACCAGAAAAAACAAUCAAUGGAGCAGGCGAGGUUAAUCCAGCGACAAGAGGACGAACACGAGGCUGACGGUGAGGAGGAUGACGAUGAAGACGAAGAAGAUGAGGACCAGGACGAGGUCUGGAGGAGGAGGAGGAGAGGGUCCCCAGAGGGCCGCCCAGAACCUAAGGGACAGGGUUUCUCUGAUGAAGCUCUGAGGAAGAGGGCAGUGGGCAAACGUGAGGAGGAAGAGGAGGAGGAGGACACCUAAAGAGCUGUUCCUACCUGUUUGAGAAGAGCGUGACGGAGUCAGCAGAGUCGGAGGAGCUUUGGUCCUGAGCAGCAGUGUUUACAGCAGGGAGCCUUUAAAUCUCACCCCCCCGCCCUUAACCUCUCGUUCUCCUCUCCCUCCUUCUCCUCGGGGUCCCCAGAAACACCUCGCUUCUUUUCUUCUCCCUCCCUUGUGUUUUAACGGGAGCGCUUUAGACUCUCUCUCACCGCCUGAGCAGCAGGCACCACCUGGAAAAAGCAAAAACACUCCUGACACCUGUUUCCACUCGUGGAGACAAAUCGCCUGGCUGAGGUUUAGGUAUGAAGUGCGGUAGAGCUGGAUUUUGCAAUGUUGUUUAUGCUAUGCAUCGUUUUUUAAAGAUAUGUGUGUUAUAAUAUGUUUAUCUCAGAAUUAUUAUUAUACCAGGCUUGUGUUCCAGGUUUAUUCUGUUAAAUUUUUAUUACUGUUCCGCUAAUGCGUACAUACGGUUAUUUUAUGUUUCAUAUAUUUUACAAUCCCUGAAGGUUCAACCCAGCGUAACAAUGUUCACACACCAUUCCUCAUUUCAGUGUGUAAUGGCGGACAGAGUGGAAAGAAAUGGCACUAGUGUUUGUUAUAAUCCUUAAGAUUAUCCUUUCGGUUGGGUUUAUUUGGUGAUACCUGUGGUUACCGUGGAAACGCAAAGCUUUCUGCUUGUGACCUUACCACCAGCAAUUCUAAAAACAGAUCUACUUAUGAAAAAUGCAGAAAAUGACGCAUUUUCUUUUGAACAGCUGUCAGUGCUAACCUCGACAAACACCUGAGACUCCUUCACAAUAAAGCUAUCCUGUGUUUUGCCAGAAUGCUUUUAGUGAAGUAGCAGCAGCAGGAAAUGUUUGUUGCUAGCAGUAUUUUAACAGCUCUGAUACUGCUUUAGUCUUUAUUCAUAAAGGGAUAAGGCAAAAGCAUGGCCAGCUAUAUUAUCGCCAAGCAUAACAUCAGGUAACUUAGCUAAAUAAAAUAGUAAUGUAUCUGACUUAGAAUUAUGGCAGCCAAAUCAGAUUUAUAACCACAAUUACAAAUUUUUCUUUUACCACACAGUUUGAGAGUUUGAAUGAGGUUUUAUAACACAUUCAGGGUGACAGUUAUGUUCACAUAAUUUAAUAAACAAGAUAAUGUGAGCUAAUGCGUGCUUACUAGUCUAACGGCAGGUUGUAAUUGUUCAGAAAACUUUUUGCAGGCACAAGAUUUCAAACAAAAGUCACUACCUGUACCGGAAAGCAGGUUGAAGUCAAAGAGCGUUCACUCUGCAGCUAAGUCCGGAGACCGACACUUCCAAAAAAUACCAAAUGCUCGACUUGAAGGAAUCUCAGUCGACCUCAGGGUCUCUGACUGAUGAUUUAAAUCUUUAAAUCUCAACUUUCAGUGGGCCAUCCAGUAAAGUUACUACAGCUAGAAACAAAAACACAUAAUUGGCUGAGGCUUUGCUGUGUCAUUUGAGCACUGAAAAAAUAAUCUAGUUAGCCUAUCCAGAGAGGUUAUUACUGAAUGUAAAUACAUUGAACGGCUAUUGCAGAAAAAAAAAACUCUCACCACAAAUGGUAUCAAAUACUGGAUUUGAUUUCACAAAAAUCUUAAGGAUUGUACCUUCAAAUCUCAGCCCAGUCGGUUUCCUCGGUCUGUGUAAAGUGUGCAUCCUCUCGGUUCAGGUACGUUAUGGGGCGGGAAGCCUUCAUACGGCGUUUGUGCUUUGCUCAGCAAACACCAAAACUUUGACUGAGCUCCGCUGAUGUCGGUUUGCUGAAACAUUAGGUAAAAGCGGAUUUUUAGAAAAGGAAUUAUAUUCACUCCGAGUUAAAGGCCUGGUGAAUGUUUUUCUGUACUGUAUGUCCUCAUAAUAUAUCAUACAAUUAACCAAUGGGAUGUUUGUUUGUUUUUUAUCUUAUGUUAACUUGUGAUUCUCUAAUUAUUAAAGAGUGUUUACUGAAAGAACCCAGAUCUCGGCAGGUCUACACUUUAGUAAUUGCAUGCUGCAAAAAUAUUUUAAAAAAUUACAAAAAAAAUAAGAGAGGAACAUUUUAGGGACUCUGAAUCGUUAAAUAUGGAGAGAAGUCUUGCAUAUCCGUCCUAACGCUGCUCUGCUUUGUGGAACAGCCAGAGGACCAGAAUGAAGCUCUCUGCCAGACAAAGGGAGGCGAAAUCCAGUUUAGUGUUAUCUGAUUUUAACCACUCUUAAUUUGACCUUUUUUAAGUUCAAAAUUUCAAAUUUAACCUGAAUUCCUGAGUUGAAUUUAUCUGAAUGAGUGCUUUUCUGUGUGCAAUUGUUUAUCAUUGAAACAGUGAACAAACUGGCACUUUUAUGCUUAUUUUUCAAAUAUUAAUGCCACUCAGAGCUCAGCCUGUAUUCAUUUCAGUCUUGUAAAGCAGAACAAGGAAGUGUGUGUACGACCAGUGUUUUAAAUACACAUUUCACUCUGAUGUUUUGACCGGGCUCAUAAUGACUGCUAUACACUUUUAUCUUUGUGUUUAUUCCAAAUAAGAGGAUGACUCAUUUUGGUGACGGUUGAAACAGGAUGUAAUUUUCUAUCCAACCACUAUUAACAGCUUGUAGCAUUCACACUUUUACUCUGAGCCACCUGUGCUCCUUUUGUUGUUUGAACAUUUCUUUUAAAUAAAGGGUUAACUCUGAAA